UUCAGGCAACAUGCAUUAAUAGUUCUAAAAAACAACAUUUUUGAACCACAUUUGUAUUUCCAUGGCUGAUCAUUUAUGAAGAACUGUGUGAAGUUGUCUCGUCAUUUUGUUCACACAAAACGGGUAUAAGUUACGAAAUUCAGACCAAAUUUUUGUUACUAGAAAUGAUUUUGUGAAUUAAUCUUUCUCUGUAAGACUAUGAACAUACAAAAACUUUGUCUAUUCUAAUGAUUAUGUUUAAUAAAGAAUAAGGUUUGAGCUAUUAAAAUGAGAGACAUAGCAUUGAGACACCUCACUUGACACACCGCGUAGCACAGAAGCUCAGAAUGUUCAGCACGACAGGCUUGCGUCCGCUCUUCACCAUCGUGGGCAUCGUAUGUCUGUUGGCUGCUGUUGUAUUCGUACCAGCAGAAGCGAGGUCGCCACGACAAGCGCCUGACAACGCGGACUCGGGGAACUCAGGCGUCAGCGCCACGCAGAGCGGCGGCGCUGGCAAGGGCUUCUCCGUCAGCGUUUUCUGGUGGCUCGGUUAUCGCUCGAGUUAUCGCACGUUUGGUAGCAACAAUCGAUGGUUCUACAUCAAAACCAACCCUUACUUCUUCGUUGGACUCGGCCCGCUCGACAGACCAGGAUUUGCAGACUACGAGUCCCCGUAA